AUGUCAGCCUCCAGUGGGUCGUACGUAGCGGGCGCGGACAUCAUCGAUCUCGACCGCUACAUGCGUGCCUCCAUCAGGCCUUCGCGACAUGGACGCGCCUACACUCGCGAGAUGCUCGUGGUGGACGCAGGCGGCGCAGAUCGCGUGCCGAUGGAGGCCAGCUCCAACAGUGAGGCGACCGCGGGCUCGCGCGCGCAUCACAAGCGCUUCUCACACGACUCCGGCCUGUCGGACGAGACUUACUUGGGGAGGAGGCACAAGUUGUAUAGACGCACCAGUGAGAACAAAUGCCACAGGAAGAGUCGCAAUGUCGCGUCCAUCUCCUCAACCCGAGAGUUCCGGGCCGCGUACGAGAAAGUGUUACGAGACCAACAGGAACAGAUCGCUCGUGUUGCUGAAAUUUGUGAGAGACUUGUGCAACCACAAAUAGAACAUUGUCCCCAAACUGUCACCAACGGAUCGAAUGGAAUCAAUAAUUCUCCACAAAUAUCCCAAAACAUGGGCCAAAGUUUAAAUCAUGAAGAGAAUGUUAAUAAAAUUGGAAAUUUAGAUUGUAACGUGAAUCAGAAUAGUGAUAAACAAAAUUUUGGUCAAAAUGUUACGCAAAAGAUCAAACGUCGAGCGGCGACGCCUGACUCGAGUGAUGUAACUUCCAGUAGCGGCAGUUCGAGGGAUAUUAGAAGGAAGUAUAAGCAUCGGAGUGAAUCCUGCAAGACCUACAAUCUAAUAAUGGAUAAGCUAGAUGAACUGAGCCACAUGUUCGCGACGCGGCGCGUGCCCGCCUCUUCCGGUUCCGUGUCGAUGUGCAACAAGCUAGUGGCCACUGAGGAUGUGAGGCACAGCAACACACCCGUGAUUCAGGUAAUGCAUUCAAGCAGGGUAAGCGACCGCGCUCGAUCUGAAGGCAGGUGUUCUAACAAGAGACAGUUGGCAGUGACGUGCGCGCCAGUUGUAGACAUCUCGCCCGGGGAGAGGAACAAUGUCGUGGAAAGCAUAGUGGAGCAUUGGAGCGACUCAGCGAGUGGCGCCGCGGCAGGCGUAUUCGACUUCGACGACCCUCUACAUUUAUAUGCCCAAGCUAAACGUCUCCAAGCCACCCACGCGAGCGCGCGACGCACGAGUAAUGAUAGACUGCGCAACUUCCAAGACAAGUUCGGAGACCAGCUCGACGACAAAUUCAACGACAUGUUGGGCAACAAGUUGGACAGCUCUCUGUGCGCGCUGUGCCGCGGAUACUGGCGGAGCGUGCGGACAUAUCUAAAGCAACAGCUAUUUGGGACGUGCUCU